UUGCCCCAUCCUCUGCAAGGGAAGAUCUACUUUGGUCUGUAAGCUCCAUCCUGGAAAGUGCUGUUGCCAUAAGGAUCUUACACAUGUCAGAACCUGCAAGGACCAGGAGAUUAAAUUUAUGGCUGAAGAGGAACAAUCACAGGAUCAGCAGCAACGAGUUGAUGCUCAACAAUCUUCGAAUUCGGAAGAUAUGAUCGCUUGUUUGAAUGCAUUAGAGGCUGCGUUGCUUCCAUGCUUGCCGUCCAUAGAUCAUAAAGAACCUGUACCGGAUUUUGAAGCACACUUAGCAGAUUUUGAUGAAUCCAUGACAGAGCUCCUUGAACCGCCCACAAUGGAGCCGGAAAAGAUCGCUGAUCGCCCUCUUCUUCCUCAUCAGACUGAUGUGGAGAAGCACGCUAAAGCUUUUAUGGAGGCCGCAAAAAAACUUCAGCGAUAUUUCAUUUGUCUGCAACGUGCAGAGGACAAGCCAACAAAGGCUGAAACACUAAGAAAGGAGAUUGCUGCCAUGGAAGAAGAGUCAAAGCUAAAAGAUGAGCUCAUUCAGAAGCAAGAGAAUCGGAUUCAAGACUGGAAAAAUGAGUUCAAAGACCUAUUGGAUAAACACAAGGCUGAAUUAGAGAGGGUUUAGCAUAAAUAUUGUAUUGUUGCAGCUGUUUCCACUGUUGGUAUUCUCACUGUUCUGCUUGUAAACUUCAACAAAAUUUUCUUAUUCAGCGAUU